GGCUCACCCCAUUCUUUCACCCUCCAAAGUCUUAAGGUUGUAGCCAUAAAUGGAUGCGGAAAAUUGAAAUCCCUUUUUCACCUUCCCUUAUUCAAAGCCUAGUGCUUUUAGAACAACUCAAGAUACAACACUGCAACGAAUUGGAAACUCUUUUCAAUGAUGGUGAAAUAGAACCGAAGACUUCUUCCCUUCCUCUCCGCUUGCCCAAAUUGAGGACCCUUUUCAUCAGAGCGUGUUCAAAACUGGAAUAUGUAGUGCCAAUCCCUUUGGCUCAAGGUCUUCCUGCUCUUGCAUCGCUUUCGGUUUCUUCUUGUGGUGCAUUAAAGCAAGUAUUCGGCAUGCCAUAUGAACAAAAUGGAGUUCAACACCAUAGUAGUCUGCUUCUUCCAAGUCUACAAGAUCUAGAACUUGAUUGGUUACGAAACUUGACUAGUUUUGUCCCACAAAACUAUAUUGUCAAAGCACCAUCUUUGAAAAGCGUAAAAGCUAAUGUUUGUUCUAAAGUGAUAAACUUUCCCAUUCAACAAGCCAACAAUCAGCUGGAGUUAACGUUAAAGGAGACUGGAUUAUCCGCAUUCAAAGAAUUAUUAUGCAAUACAAAAGAUCUUGUUCUCCACAAUAUUGGAGAUCACAAAAAUCUCGUCCCAGAUCUUGUAGAUCUGGAACAUCUAGACGGAUUAACUUCCAUCUCUAUUAACAAAUGGAGCAGUGGUGAAUGCUUGGUUGAUGCAUCACAAAUAAUGAUGAAUUUCAAAUGCAAUGGCCAACCUCCCAAGUGUUUCUUGCAGAAUCUCAAAAUUUUGAGAGUUGUUGACUGUGAAAAAAUUUCAGAGAUAUUUCGAAUCGAUGAUGGAAUAGAAUCAAAUGCACGUUACUUGCCAAACUUGAAAUUUGUGGAGAUUAGAGAAUGUCCAAGUUUGGAAUAUUUCUUCCCACAUACUUCAAUUGGAGGUUUUUCUCAUCUAGAGGAGAUAAAACUUGUUGGAUUGAGAACCUUGAAGAGUAUUGUAGGAGAAAACAACUUUUUGGAAGCACCAACUUUGAAAAUUUUAUACAUCCGAGGAUGUUCAGCGUUUACAAAUUUUACCUUUCAUAAAGAAUUUAAAAAGUGUGUUUUCUUGAAGGAGUUGUUCUUCUCUAUGGAAGAUACAGGCAGUGAAGAUGUCAAUUUGUGUGAUAUGGUAAACACUCAGUUGAGACAAAAAUCACCAGAUUUCGAAUAUGUAACUUUGGGGAACUUUGAACAAUUGUUUCAGCUUCAGGGUGGCAAUAUCAUCUCAAGUCUAGAGAAAAUGGAGCUUUUUAAUGUAAUUAGGUUGCAAGAUAUAUGGAAGGGUCCCAUCCAUGUUGCUACCAAUCUUAGAGAACUAAGGGUUCGCCACUGCAAUAAUUUGACAGACAUCUUUCCAGUUAUGUUCAUUCCACAUUUACCACAAUUAAGCAUCCUAAACAUAGCGUCAUGUGAGAACUUGAAGCAAAUAAUUGGAAAUGAUGACAUUUUAGCAUCUUCAUCAUCAUCACAAGGUCCUCAGUUGGAGAUGAAAAUGGUAUUCCCUCAGUUAAAGAAAAUAGAACUUGAAAAUUUGUCAAAGCUCGAGAGCUUCAACCCUGUCGGUUAUCAUCUGGAAAUCCCAUGUUUGCAUUCGCUUGACAUUAAGAAAUGUUCCAAGAUGAUCACAAGUUUCAGUGCAGAUUAUUUAACAUUGACUGUGCAUGCUAAAACUGAUCAGGCAUCUCAGCUAAAUGAUAUUAGUCCCUCACGGGAAGAUAUAAUCUGGGAAAGGAGAAGACCUACCUUACUACCUCAGUAUAAAGAAGCUAAAGAAAUUUCACCCUUUCAGUGAAAAAUGUUGCAGAAAUCAUUCUUGAGCCUAAACCACGUCGACUGUACCAACAGUCUACACUAGUUAAUUAACUAGGUAA